CAGGCAGCCGGCGCGGGCGCCUCCGCACGUCCGCAGGCUCCACUGGGAGGUGGCGGCCGCUGAAAGGCUGGAUCGCCUGAGGGCGGGCCGGGGAGGCGGCCGGGAGGUGGGGCGCUGGAGGGGGCCGGCCGGCGCGGCUUCAUUUGUGGACGCACGGCCUGCGCCCCAGUGCUGGGUUCUCCGUGGUGCGCGGCGACAAGCGGCUGGAGUGGCUAUGGGUAGCCGCUGGGGCUUCCUGAUCCGCUUCUUGGGCGCAGUGUGGCUGCUUGGCUUGGGCCACUGCGAGCAGCAGACCCCAGAGACAGCGGCGCAGAGGUGCUUCUGCCAGGUUAGUGGUUACUUGGAUGAUUGUACCUGUGAUGUUGAAACCAUUGAUAAAUUUAAUAACUACAGGCUUUUCCCAAGACUACAAAGACUUCUUGAGAGUGACUACUUUAGAUAUUACAAGGUAAACCUGAAGAGGCCAUGUCCUUUCUGGAAUGAUAUCAGCCAAUGUGGACGAAGAGACUGUGCUGUCAAGCCUUGUCAAUUUGAUGAAGUUCCUGAUGGAAUUAAAUCUGCAAGUUACAAGUAUUCUGAAGAAGCCAAUAAUCUCAGUGAAGAAUGUGAACAAGCUGAGCAACUUGGAGCUGUGGAUGAAUCUCUAAGUGAGGAAACGCAGAAGGCUGUUCUUCAGUGGACCAAACACGACGAUUCCUCUGACAACUUCUGUGAAGCUGAUGACAUACAGUCUCCUGAUGCUGAAUAUGUAGAUUUGCUCCUCAAUCCUGAGCGCUACACGGGUUACAAGGGACCAGAUGCUUGGAAGAUAUGGAAUGUCAUUUAUGAAGAAAACUGUUUUAAGCCACAGACAAUUAAAAGACCUUUAAAUCCUUUGGCUUCCAGUCAAGGGAAAAGUAAAGAAAAUACUUUUUACAGUUGGCUGGAAGGCCUCUGUGUAGAAAAAAGAGCAUUUUACAGACUUAUAUCUGGCCUACAUGCAAGCAUUAAUGUUCAUUUGAGUGCACGAUACCUUCUGCAAGAUACCUGGUUAGAAAAAAAAUGGGGACACAACAUUACAGAAUUUCAGCAGCGGUUUGAUGGAAUUUUGACUGAAGGAGAAGGUCCAAGAAGGCUUAAGAACUUGUAUUUUCUCUACUUAAUCGAAUUAAAAGCUUUAUCUAAAGUGGUACCAUUCUUUGAGCGCCCAGAUUUUCAACUCUUCACUGGAAAUAAAGUUCAGGAUGCAGAAAACAAAAUGUUACUUCUGGAAGUACUUCAUGAAAUCAAGUCAUUUCCUUUGCAUUUUGAUGAGAAUUCAUUUUUUGCUGGAGAUAAAAAAGAAGCUAACAAACUAAAGGAGGAAUUUCGACUGCAUUUUAGAAAUAUUUCAAGAAUCAUGGAUUGUGUUGGUUGUUUCAAAUGUAGACUGUGGGGAAAGCUUCAGACUCAGGGUUUGGGUACUGCUCUGAAGAUCUUGUUUUCCGAAAAACUGAUAGCAAAUAUGCCAGAAAGUGGGCCCAGUUUUGAAUUCCAUCUAACUAGACAAGAAAUAGUGUCAUUAUUUAACGCAUUUGGAAGAAUUUCUACAAGUGUGAAAGAAUUAGAAAACUUCAGGAACUUGUUACAAAAUAUUCAUUAAAGAAAAGGAGCUGAAUUGUGCCUGUUUCUGGAUAAUGGAGGUCAAAGAGUGGAAUUUCAUUCAAAGGCAUAAUAACAAUGACAGUCUUAAAGCAAACAUUUUACAUAAAGCUGCUUUUGUAAAAGGAGAAUUAUAUUGUUUUAAGUAAACAAAUUUUUAAAAUUGUGUUAAGUCUAUGUAUAAUAUUAUUGUAAGUAAAAGUAACAUUUAAUAAUGUGGUACACAUUUUAAAGUUUAAUAUUGAAUAAAAUCAGGAUUAUUAAAUUUACAUAUGGUAAAACUUAGGUAAACGAUGUUUUAAGUCUCUCAAACUGAAAUUUUGUGUAAGAAGAUGUAAUAUAAGUAAAACUAUGGCCAAUGUGACAGGUGUUUAAUAGAAAAAUGCCGAGGAGGCUCUUGAAUAAAGCAUAAUUAACAGCUUAAAAUUUUUCAAUACUUUUAGAGUUAACAGAAUUAGUAAAUAAAAAUACAGAAUGCCCAGUUAAAUUUGAAUUUCAGAUAAACAACAAAUAGUUUUUUAAUAUGAGUAUGUUGCAUGCAAUAUUAGGGAUAUACUUAUACCAAAAAAUUUUUCCUUAUUUAAAAUUCAAAUUUAACUUGGAGUCCUGUGUUUUAUCUAAAAUACAUUGGUAUGAAACAAAUCACUUUUAGAAUUAUAUUACUAUUUUGACUGGCUUGUUUUGGUGUGUAGAAAGAUACAAUGACAACCAAAAUGCAUAGGGUAUUUCUAAAAAUGUGAGUUUAAUAGAUUUAUAUAUUUAUUCUCAUAAUACUUUACCUAAUACUGAAUACAAUUUGGGGAAAACUUUUUAUUUUUAUAUAAUUUUAAAUUCAUGGGAAGGUUUCCAGGAUAAUACAAAGAACUCUUUUACCCAGAUUCACUAAGUGUUCAUACUUGCUUUAUCUUUCAUGCUCUCUCUGUGUGUAUACACAUAUUAUUUUUUUCUCAAUCAUUUGAAAGUCAGUUACAAGCAUCAUGCCCUUUGAACCCUAACUACUUCAGUGUGUAGUACUGAAUAAUUUAUUUAAAAUUAUUUUUUCAGAAAAAAGUAGAACUGUAGUAUGAUAAGCCUUAGAAUAAGGAAUCACUUUGAGUUCCAAUCUGAAGUUCUUUUUGAGUUUUGUUGCCCUUUUAAUGCUUGAUCUGUAUAGGGCAUGUAAUUUUUGUUUUGUUGUACAUAAGAUUCAUUUCCUUUUUCUCUCUAAAACUAAACUGUAAUUUUGGGAGGUUUCCAUUAGUAGAAGCUCUUCAAUGAUAAAAAUAUUUGAAUGGGUUGAGGAAUUUUUAUCACAUUGUAAUUGUAGGGAAGAAAGAAACUGUAUACCUCAAAAUCAUGUGCCUCUUUAUAUGUUCUUAUUAGGUAUACUAUGUUGAGAUGCUAUAUUAUUAAUAAAGCAGGGUUUACUUAUAUAAUGGUUUAGAAAUGUCAUUUUACACUGCUGUAUACUUUUUCUUCUCUCUGUCCCCAAGGACCGGUAUGAUGCCAAGCACAUAGUGGGUAUCCAAUAUUUGUUGAAUGAAUGUAUGAAUAUGUAUUCAGUAUAUUUUAAAUGAAUAAUCACAGAGCUAAGUUUAACAAUAUGUGUUAUAGUUUUCUUUCCCCCCUCAUUUGAAUAGGCCAAGAAAAGAAACACAUUAACCUACUAGUUAAGUCAAUAUUCUUGGAGACUCAAAGACCAUGAAGUGAGCACCAUAUAUAAAAGUUUAAAGACAUUUGUAGUACUCUGAAGAUAUGGUUGAUUGGUUUAAAUGGUAAUUUUGUCUGUAUACCUCUCUCUCAUGCCCCCACCUUUUGACAAUGAAUUUUUUGGAAAGAAUAUUCCAGUCUUCACUUUGUAACUUCUCACUUGCUCCAUAACUAAAAUCUGGCAUUUGGCUCCAUAGUUCUUAACAAUCUCUUCCUUUGAAGUCUAAAAUCCCAGUUCUAAAUCCAUAGUUCAGUUUACAAGGCAUUUCUUAUUUAACUUUUUUUUCUGCAUUUGACACUAUCCCCUUUGCCCCCGGUUUCCUUUUAUUUCACUAGCUCCUGGAUAAUUCCUUUUUAGCAUCUUUUCAUUUAUGCCUUAAAUGUUAUUCCUCAGGCUUUCAUUCUUGCUCUCUUAAAAACCACUACUUCUCACUUUUGGGUAACUCCAAUUCAAUGAUUUCUAAAUCUCUAUCUUUAGCCCAGACUUAUCAUUCCAUCUGUCUACCACAUAUAUUUAGUUGGUUGUCCCACAGAUACCUGAAUGUCUUAAAACAAUCAUUCUCUCCCAAAUCUACUCUUACGCCUAUUUUCCUUAUUCUGGUUACAUUCUGAACUAUGAAUGUCUAAAUUCUCUAGGCUCACUCCUCUCCUCCAUCUUCAUAUCCAAUUAGUGUCUAAGCACUACAGGUUUUUCUCUCCAUAUAUGAUACAUCACUGUCUUUCCACUUUCAUUGCUCUUACCUAAAGUACUAACCUGUCUCCUUAUAGCCAGCCUGUCUCCUCUUUUUGCUCCAAAAUGCUACCAGAGUGGGUUUUCUAGAAGCACUCUAACAAGGUCCUCUGAUAUGUACCUCAGUCCCAUCUCCCCUAGACCCCAUGUUCUGAUAAAACUGACUUACAGUUCUUCAAAUGCACCAUACUUUGGUCAGGCCUCCAUACUUUGGUGCAUGCUGUUCUCUUUGCUUUUAGCAUCCUUGCCAUCCUUCUCCACUUGGAAAAUUUCUAUGUAUCCCUGCAGGCUCAGCAUAAAGCAUCACCUCUGUGAAAUCUCUCUUGUUCCAUACAAGGAGGACCAUAUCUAACUUUUGUGUGUCACCACUGUAAUGACAACCUACCUCUAUUGUGUCACUUAUUGUACUGUAUUGUCUUUUUUAAGCCUCCUUUACUAGAAUGUGAGCCCCUUAAGGGCAGGAAAAAGAACUUUAUCCAUUUUUGCAUCUCCAUAGCAUAGUUUUUGUUAUAUGAACAUUUAAUAAAUGUUUGUUGAAUAAAUUGUUUUUAAAAUGA